GUUUGUGUGUGUGUGCUCCACAGGGAGAAGAUGCCAUUCCACCAUGUGCGGGCGGGCCUGCUCUAUCCAGACAACUACCUGAGCAGCUCCCUGACAGAGGGCAGUGAAGCCUUCCAGCUCAACAGCAUCUCCACGGAAGAGCUCGGAGAGAUCCGUGAGGCGUUUCGGAUCUUGGACCGUGACGGGAAUGGUUUCAUCUCCAAGCAGGAGCUGGGCAUGGCCAUGCGCUCCCUGGGUUACAUGCCCAGUGAAGUGGAGCUGGCCAUUAUCAUGCAGAGACUGGACAUGGACGGGGACGGCCAGGUGGACUUUGAGGAGUUCAUGACGAUACUUGGGCCCAAACUGCUGUCGUCCGACAACAGAGAAGGAUUCCUGGGCAACACUAUUGACAACAUCUUCUGGCAGUUUGACAUGCAGCAGCUGUCUCUGGACGAGCUGAAGCAGGUGCUGUUCCACGCCUUCCGGGACCACCUGACAAUGAAGGACAUCGAGAACAUCAUCAUCACCGAGGAGGAGAGCCUCAACGAAGGCUCAGGGAACUGCCCCGAGUACGAGGGAGUUCAUCCUAAGAAGAAGAAUCGGCAGACGUGCGUCAGGAAAAGUCUGAUCUGCGCCUUCGCCAUGGCUUUCAUCAUCAGUGUCAUGCUCAUCGCGGCCAAUCAGAUGCUGCGGAACGGCAUGGAAUAACCAAUUGCACUGUGAGCACGAGGAGUGGACAGGACAGCCACGACCUCACAUCUUGUCUUUGCAGCCAAAGCUGGACCAGCCACAACCCAGGCACUUCUCUUAACAAUCAGUUCAAGUUGUAUUCUUUCUCUUAAGUUUAGAUUGGACUUAAAAAAGCAGACAACGUGAGUUAAAUGGAGAGAGAUGUAUUUGUUUUGCAUUGUGGUUUUGAAGAUCAAGACCGCUCUUUAAAACUUGAUUUUCUAAUCUGCGAGAAAAAAAAAUGUGUAUCAGGUGCUUUGAGCCAUUACUGAUUUAAAAAAAAAGGAAAAACAACAGUAGUUAUUAUGGACAACUGCAUAUUGACCCCAGAGAAGUUACCCCGCUGAAUGUGAACUGAAUGAAUGUGGGCACUGAAUGUUGGACACAGUAUUUAAAUGCAUGGUGAAUCCCUCACUUUUCACUUUGUCGUCUUGUACAAACAUGGCACCUUUUGUGAAACGUUUAAAUCCUCGAUCCUGGGGCACACGGAACAUUCGUGUGCAUCUUCAAAGGAGCACAACUCGAUACUCAGUGAGGGACCGCUGUCCCACUAGCUCUACUCGUUAGUCUUACAUGGUACUGAUGGAUUGACUGGUCACUCAACAUGUGUGUGUGUGUUAAAGACGGUGGCGAUCACGUCUGUCCAGCAGGUGUAAGAUGUAAGAAAAUAAAAAGAGAUAUAGAAUCUGUCCAAUGACGUUUGAGAUGUGGUUUCUGUAAUUAAUUAUUUUAGUGUUGGGAGACAAUGUUCCAGAACAACAUCUCAUUCAAACCACACAAGACCAGUAUGUAACCACUGCCAUACCGGACAUCUCUCUCGUUUCCCCAUGGAUUUCAUUGCUACGUAGCUCGUGUAAUGUAUCGUUCCUCUCUGCAGCAGAAUGUAUGAAGGGUAGAAGACUAGUGAGACAUAUCAGGGAUUCUCAGUAGGGCUGUGACUUGCUGUUGGCAAGGAGAAGGUUGCAUUCUAGUGGUUCACAUGAAAACUGCAGCUAAACGCUUGAUCAGCCCUGUUUACAAGGUGCUCAGAAACAAGACUUUGAGCACUGAUGUGUGUUGGGUCUGUUACACAGGGGCAGUUUGGUCUGAAUCAGUGAACGUUCAUUAGUUUUAAUGGCAAAACAACGAUUUUGUUUCCUCAUCCCAGGGUUGUGCAGUCGAGGCCGGUGCACGGUUUAGGAUUAGAUGAGAGACUCGAGGGCCUUCGAUCGUUUCUGGGGUCACAGCUAUGUUUUAUGGUUCAGAUGUGAUAGCACUACAAUUUUAAUAAGCGCACCGGGAUGAACAAGAUCGGAGAGGACCUUGCAGGUGUUAACAUUCAUGCUCCUCUGAGCCGCCCAAGGUCGAAGAUCCGAAUUAGAUUCAAUUUGAGGCUGAAAAUGUUUGGGGGGGUUAUUUUGUAAUGUGGUGCAGGGCAAUAAAGAGAUGUCACUGUUUAUCUACCGUCA